AUGUACCUACCACUGCAUUGCCCAUUGAAAAUAGACCAAGAAUCUCUCGGUAUGGGCUCCGCAUCUUCUAAAGCAGCCAAAACAGCUGGUUCCGCUGCCCGGAAAUACCCAGCUCGUUCACCACUGGCGUCAGCAACAACCAACACUCCCGCUCCUCCUCCACCACCCUCAUUCGCACCACAACAACCAGGCCCAACAGUGCGACCAGCCCCCAGCGCCAGCGGCGAAAGAGACGCCGCCAUAAACCUCGAUGCCUCCGAUCCAGACUUUGCGCAAUCCCUCCGCAAUCUAGGUCCUGUUCAACCCAAUCCUACGCUUUCGCCGACAUCAGCCUUCAAUCAGAGCCAUUCGUCCUCAUCAACAACACGACAACCCGAUCCGAGACUCAAUCCCGCUGUUCUCGUGCUUUCUGCUCGAGCGGAUCUGGCUAGUAGGGCCGAUGCAGAGAUUGCAGAGACUGGACGACGGGGGAGGGAGAAUAAGCGAGAGUUUUUGGAUGUAUAUACCAUCAGGCAGAUCUUGACGUUAAGAGAGCAGGGAAGGAGUGGCGAGGCUAUUGAGAAGCAUUUGAGCUUGAAGAAGGGCGUGGUGGAGAGAUUGGGCGUCGAGGGAGUAUUUGGGUUGAUUCAAGAAAGUGGAAGGGCGGAGAAGGAGGUGAGGAUGGUGUGAAGUACGAAUGGCAUUUAUGCGGAUCAGCAAAUCAGAAGUUUGUGGGUGUGAUUCUUGAAGGAGCGAUCAUCAGACGAGGUGACAAGAGCCAAAGGCAUCGAGGCGAAGGGGGAAGACAGCUGAGAUUACCAUCCAGUCGUCUCUGAAGCCCUCACACCGGACUGGCGCGAAUAUUGCCGCCGACAUGUCCAAUUGGCCUCCACUUCAGUUCGCCAACAGCCACUGCUAUAGCAUACAGCUGGCAUCAAUGGAUUCCCGUCCAAUUCUUCCAAUAGAUCCCACUCUUUCGACACAGAGGGGGCCUGAAACAGAAACAUUUUCUACAUGUGGAUUACUGCGAGUGAAAAUGCUUAUUUGCAAAUUCGCGAAUGAAGGCAAAAGACCUCUCUCGAAGAAUUGGUCCGCGCCUUGAAGCCGUCUACCCCGGCCCCUGACACCGUCACACCCUUGACUACACGAGUACACGUUUGACUAGGACUGAUGCACGCUCCCGAUGAAGCAUGAUACAACGUUUCUCAAGGCUCGAGCUUUUUCGGGCUUUUACAAGGCUCAAGCCUGCCUAGGUGACACGAUGCCUGUCAGGAGAUUAACAGUAAACUGUGUGCAACGAGCAAAACCUUCAUUGUUGCUCUGCGAGCGGAGCCGAAACUGAUCCUGGAGUCACUUUGCAACCUUGCGACGAAUACACCAUCGAGUUUUUUACUGAACGAGACUCACGAGAGCGUAAACAUGAAGUUCAACAACGCUGGUCUAUAACGGGACCGCCCGCAUAGAGUUCUGACUACCUCCUACAACUAGCUAGGAGGCAGUGAGCUUUUUCCGAACCCUGACCGGUGUUGGAGUUCCAGCUCUGCAAUAAUAAGUACGAAACUCAUUUCCGCGGUACUGUAGGGCACAAAACCCAGUAUGCAGCAAUUAUAGAUAGCAAGAGGGGCCACAACAUCCUCCAAUCCCUAAAGGCUUCUUCGCCGACCCUAUUACAGCUACUAGACGAGUCCAGCAACCAUGCC